AUGGAGUUCCUGAGAUCAUUAUUGUUGCUAUUAUUGCAUCUAUUAACUGCAUGGAAACGUCUUCCUGCUGAAGUUAACAAAUUUGAUAAGAAAUCAGCCCAUGUCUUCUCUAGUUUAUUGAAAGGAGAAAGCUAUCCUCACUAUGAGUCAAGACUUAUGCUUGCUGGCGAACAGGGCACCGGGAAGACAACUUUAGCCAGAUAUCUUGUCGGAAAACAGCCCACCAGAUUAAGAAUUUCAACCGAUGGGAUAGAAUUAUACAAUGGUCUUUCAUUUAUGGACCGUGAAUCAAAGGAAUGGCAUGGUGGACAUCAAGAUUUCUCCCUGGAAGAAAUAACCGUUAGCAGAUCCCUUUUGAAAGAAAAAAAACUUAGUAAAAGUGUUAAAUUAGAUGAUUCAACACCAUCCAGUCAAGAUGUACCAGUCGAGGCACAAAUAAAAUCAAUCCCGGGAAGCAAAAGAAACCUACAACAUAAACCAAACGACACAUUGUCGUCCGAUACACCAUCUGAAUGGCCAGAACAUGAAGCGAAUACAGGAUAUGGGACAGGCAUACAAGACAAAUUUCCUAGCUCAGAUAUGCAGUUAAGUUCAAUGAUUACGAACAGAACAAGUUCAUAUGAAUCUAGAAAUAGGAACGAACUACUUCAACCAGACUUUUUAUCAGAAAAAGAAAAUACUGAUUCGAUGGAUGAUAACUCAGGUGGUUGUCGUCCGGAGUCAGGGGUCACUGGAGAGAUGCAUAUAGAAACUGUUACUAAACCUGGAGUCAUCAGAAGGCUUAAAAACUUUUUUGGAGUUGCCAAAAAAGUCAAAGAAAUCAAAGUGUCAAUCACAAAGGAAAAAUUCUUAGAAAAGUCUUCUAAAGUUGGGAAAAAGCAGUUGCACAACAAAAAGAUAGCACCAAUAAUUAUUUGGGAUUUUGGAGGACAGGAUGUUUUCUAUUCAACUCAUCAGACAUUUUUAACAUACAGAGCUAUAUACAUGAUUGUAUUAGAUGGAAGUAGAACACUAGAUGAUCCCUGUCCGUCUGAACAGUAUCUCCCAGGAAAGAGUGAACAUAAAACAGCAAGAGAUUAUCUGUUAUUUUGGAUCAACACCAUCGUAACAUACUGUAAAGGAAGUGUUCAGGGAUUUCCUAAAAUUAUGGUCGUUUUAACGCACAAAGAUCAGGUAAACGCUUGCAAUAAUGGCACGUUAGUGGCUUUACUUUAA